AUGAGGAGCCACGAUUUGGACAUCGACGAUUCUCAAGUCCCCGGAACGGUUUUGCUCGUUGAUGUUGGCCAUACCGCAGUCACUCUGCAUGCUAACAAGCAAACCGACAUCAUCCUCAUCCCAACACCAUCGAAUGAUGUAAACGACCCUUUGAACUGGUCGCCAUGGCGGAAGCGCCAGCAUCUCAUUUGCCUGAUUGCCUACACUUUGUUCAAUGGCAUGGCAUUGUCCGUAGUGUAUUCCCUUUUGGUUCCACUGUCUACGGCUUUAGAUGUUAGCGUUAGCAACCUCAACGAAGGAACGGGAUACAUGUUCUUGUUAUGCGGCUGGGGCCUGCUUUUCUGGCAGCCGUUCGCCCUCCAAUAUGGCAAACGACUCACAUACCUGCUCUCUAUGCUGGGCAUAGUUGCUGUCUCCGUUUGGAGUCCAUAUGCCAAAGGCGAGGGCCAAUGGAUCGCCCGCAACAUCGUCGCUGGCUUUGUUGCCGCACCAAUCGAAGCUCUACCAGAAACUUCUAUUACGGACAUUUACUUUGCCCACGAGAGAGGCACCUACAUGGGAUGGUAUGCGUGGAUUCUAGCCACUUCAAACUACUUUGCGCCCGUCAUCUGCGGCUUCAUCAACGACAGCAUGGGCUUCAAAUGGCCCUUUUACUUUAUGGCCAUAUUCGGCGGUGGCUGCUUCGUCUUCCUUUUCUUUUUCCUUGAAGAGACAAACUAUGAUCGCGCAACGACUGGCAACGAGAGUGACGAGGCAGCACUUCCUCAGGACGGUGUCAAUAGUGUCAUACUCCAAGGCACUGAAAAAACUUAUUGGCAGAAGCUAGCUCUGUUUGAUAAACCACGGCCAUUCUUGAUGCACAAGCGCGCGUGGCAGAUUCUCAGAUUGAUUGCCUGGCCUGUCGUCUUCUACUCCGGUUUUUCAUACGGCACAUAUCUCAUCUGGUUCAAUAUUUUGAACGCAACAGCAUCCGUUGUCCUCGGUGGCGCGCCGUACAACUUCAAGCCAAGUAUCGUUGGCCUGAGCUAUUUGGCCUGUUGCGUAGGCGUUGUUAUUGGGUCUGCUUAUAGUGGCAUCGUCUCAGACUGGUUCGUUAUAAAGCUUGCGAGACGUAAUCGUGGCAUUUUCGAACCUGAGCAACGUCUUUGGCUCUUCGCAUUGACGACGAUACUGGUACCGGCUUGCCAGAUCCUCUGGGGUGUCGGAGCCGCCCAUCAUGUCCACUGGUUUGGACUCAUAGUUGCCAUGUGUAUACUCGCAGCGUGCAAUACAGCUGGCAUAACCUUGUCCAUUGCAUACCUCGUUGACUCAUACCGAGAAGUGUCAGGAGAUGGGUUGGCAUCGUGCAUUAUCAUUCGCAACACAAUGAGUUUUGCGAUAGGCUAUGGCAUUACACCUUGGCUAGAUGGCCUGGGAUUGCAGAAUUGCUUCAUCAGUGUUGCGUUUGUUGCGUUGGCCAUUUGCGCCAUAUUCUUGCCAUUUAUCUGGUUCGGCAAAAGACUUCGUAACUUGAAACGAGAGAGCUAUUGGCGAGAGGUCAAGCUUAGGAAAGAGUAA